GAGAAAAACGAGAGAGAGGGGCUAGUGGAUGUAGCUCUAGCUGUGGGCCGGGGGGUGAGCUACCUAGCACGGCUGCUCUGCCGAAACAUCCAUGGGUGGCUGUGUCGGGAGCCACCACGACUCUUCGGGCAGCUUAAACGAGAACUCGGACGGCACUGGAGUGGCUCUAGGGCGUAACCAGCCCCUGAAAAGAGAGCGGCCUAAAUGGAAAAGUGACUACCCGAUGACUGAAGGCCAGCUGCGCAGCAAGAGAGAUGAGUUCUGGGAUACGGCGCCAGCAUUCGAGGGCCGGAAGGAGAUCUGGGAUGCGCUGCGGGCUGCGGCCAGCGCCUUUGAGAGCAAUGACCACCUGCUGGCUCAGGCCAUCCUCGACGGGGCCAGCAUUACGCUGCCGCAUGGAGCUCUGACUGAAUGUUACGAUGAACUGGGGAAUCGAUACCAGCUGCCAGUCUACUGCCUCUCUCCUCCCGUCAACAUGAUUGAAGAGCGCUCUGAUGAGCCUGAAGGUUCAGAUCCAGACUCCGGUGCUGCAGACCCAUCCACCGGCAGCACUGGUGACCCCAGCUCAGGAGGGGAGUGCCAGCUUCGGCUGCGGCUCUCCACAGGUCGUGACCUCCGGCUGGCGGUCCGCUCCACAGACACAGUGGGCAUGAUGAAGCGGCGUCUACAAAGUCAGGAGGGCGUGCCUGCCACAACCCAGCGUUGGUUUUUCUCAGGUCGCCCACUGACAGACAGACUGCGCUUGGACCAACUCAACAUCUCCAGGGACUAUGUAGUGCAGGUCAUCCUCAGCCAGCCGCCACCACCAGAGCCAGUAACCGCAGCAGGACAUAUACCAGAGGCCUCUGGGCCAGUGGCAGUGGAAGGAGUGGCUGCACUGCCCCAAGAGCCCACACCAGUGGAGAAUUAACACCCCCCCAACCUGGCAGCCUAGAGGUUGGUAAACCGGUGGGCUGGCAGUAUAAAAGGAGGAUAACAAAGGAGAAAAAGAAAGAAUGACUUUUCUCUUUUGGUUUGCACUCUCCUCUCCUCUCCUCUCCUGAGUCAGUUGUUUUUGCUGAAAAGGGCUGUGUUUGGGCAGAGGUUGGUUGUCUGCUGGAGCAAAAGGACUCUUGAAUCGAGAAAAGACUCUUCGUUUUGGUUUUACACAUUGAAAUAUUGACCUUUUUGAAGUCUUUUUAACUGUUCCUAUGGAAACCAAACAACAAAAAGAGAACUUUGUAAGAUGGCUUAAAGGGUUUUCUUAGCAACACUGAUGUGCGAAUGUUUCUGCAUUUCAGUUUCCAUUCAAGUUAUGCUCUCUGGCAAAACUGUUUGAGGCUACAGGGUUAAACAUCCGUUUUCAUUAGACAUUUUUAACUCGUACAGUUCAGAAAGAAAUUAAUAAAGAUAAUUUAACAAUCAUGACAGUUAUUCAGGCAGUUACUCUUAAUUAUAUGUGAAUCAAAUUUCAAAAAAACAAAAAAAACAAAAAGUAAUCACCUGGGGAUUAAGUGAGUAUGCUAACAGUUGUAAAGAAAGGUAUUCUAUUAGUAUUUCUAGUUAGCAAACAGAUAUGUUCUCCGUCUUGACAUGAGGUUGCAGACGGGGGGCUUGACUGGAUGUUUUACCAAGCUGCCGCUGGAUUAUAUACUUUAUUUCACUCUGCUUACAGAACAAUCAGAGUAAUCAUGUAAUAAACCUUAUGUAGUCAGCCUAUGUGUGUGAGUGGAUGUGAAUAAGUGUGUGUACGUGCGUGGAUGUCCAUGUAUGAUCAAGACACAACCACACUUAUUCAUGUGGCAAAAGGAUGGACAUCAGAAACACAGUUACAUAUUUUGAUUAAAAAUAGAAUGGUUUUUAAUUAAAAUUGAUAAUUGUUUCUA